AUGCUUGGUAGACGCGCAGUUUCAGUACAUCGGUACUUGUCCAGAGCUGCUAGACAGGUGAUUUUUGUUGUUAAUUUCUCGAAAAAAUCGAAUUGUUCAGAGUAUUGCUGCUAGUCAAUCAACUGUUGCUCAAAACAAAACUCAACUUUUGGAACCACUUGUGAAAAAUGUUCAGCUUACCAGCAAUGCUAAAUUCCACAUCAGCGCAAUUAGAAGUAUGGUUUUUUAAUUCGUUAAUUUUGAAGAAGUUGAACGCACAAAUAUAACUAUUUCUAUUUCAGUGAGCGAUGUUAUCACCGUGGAAGGACCAGCUUUUGCCGAAUCUAUCUCCGAAGGAAGAUAUCAGAUGGUUGAAACGUGAGUUGCUUUUUUACGAAACUAAACUUUUUAUUUGAUCGUGGAACUUAAAAAUGCACCAUGUUUUGAAAUGAUAGAAAACGUGGGUGAAUCGUAGAACAGGCCCCCACCAAUGUCAUUUUAAGCCCCCACUAGUCAGACAUAUUAUAGGUCCCCACCUUAUUAUGAUCAGAAAUCUUGUUGGUGGGGACCUAAAAUUAAGUUGACACGUGGGGGCUCAAAAUGAUAGUGGUGGGGACCUUUUUUCCGAAAUACCCUAUGAUCGAAAUAAAAGCCCCCAACUCUAUUAAAAUUAUGUGAAAAUAGGCCCCCACAUACAAAUAUAAGUCCCACCCCAUUACAGGCCCCCAUCCAAAAAUAAGUCCCCACAUAGUCAUUUUAGGUCCCCAUUUCCAUUGAGUGGGGACUCGGUGGGGACUUUUACUUGUUGGUGGGGGCUUACUUUGAGGUGGGGGCCUAUUCUGCGAUUCACCCGAAAACGUAAUAAAACAUCAUUUUUAGAUUUUUUGAAUACUUUUUUUAAAAUCACAAAAUAAUUUCAGAAAAAGGAGAUCAUGUCAACGAAGAUGAAUUGGUUGCCGAAAUCGAAACCGACAAAACAUCCGUCGAAGUUCCAGCUCCACAAUCAGGAACUAUUGUCGAAUUAUUGGUUGAAGAUGGUUCAAAAGUUACUGCCAAGCAAAAAUUAUACAAACUUCAACCAGGAGCCGGAGGUGGAUCAGCCCCAGCAGCUCCAAAAGUUGAAGCCGCUGCAACACCUGCCUCACCAACCCCAGCUCCAGCAGCUGCUGCCCCAGCCCCAACUCCAGUAGCUCCUCCUAAAGCUGCCGCUGGAGAGAUUCCAAAAGCCGCUCCACCAGUUGCUCGUCCACCAUCAACACCAUCUUCCUCAACCCCAGUCUCAGGUGUUGGUAUUCAACGUGUUGUAAUUCCAAAAGGAGUUGAUGCCAACUUGGCAAUCACUGGAGCUCGUGAUGAAGUUCGAGUCAAGGCUAAUCGCAUGCGUAUGAGAAUUGCUCAACGUUUAAAGGAUGCUCAAAACACAUAUGCUAUGCUUACAACUUUCAAUGAAAUCGACAUGAGGUGAGAUUUUUGCAAGAAAAAUUAUUUCCAAAGCGAACAUCUAAACUCAUACAUCAUACAUUCAAAAAAUCUAUGACAAAUACGUAUGUCACGUGACAUCUGAUAAGAUAACAUGAUCAAAUUUUCGAAGACAAAUCUGAGAAAAAAAUGCAAUGGGAAAAAAGAUGGAAUAAAAAUCUCGGAAAUAAAACAUUUAAAAAUUAUUCCAGCGGAGUCAUCGAAAUGCGCCAAAAAUAUCAAAAAGCUUUCGUCGCGAAGCACGGUCUCAAACUCGGUUUGAUGUCUCCAUUUGUCCGCGCUGCCGCUUAUGCUCUUCAAGAAUCACCAAUUGUCAACGCAGUUUUGGAUGAAAAUGAGAUUGUCUACCGUCAUUUCGUUGACAUCUCUGUUGCUGUUGCCACUCCAAAAGGAUUAGUUGUUCCAGUUUUGAGAAAUGUUGAAAGUAUGAAUUAUGCUCAAAUUGAGCAAGAAAUUGCCAAUCUUGGAGUAAAGGUCAGUUUUUACUAGAUUUAAAAUUUCUCAACAAACUUUAUAGGCUCGCGAUGGAAAAUUGGCGGUUGAAGAUAUGGAAGGAGGAACUUUCACUAUCUCAAAUGGUGGAGUUUUCGGAUCAGUUUUUGGUACACCAAUUAUUAAUCCACCACAAAGUGCUAUUUUGGGUAUGCACGGUGUUCAUGAUCGUGUUGUUCCAAUUAAUGGAAAAGUAAGAUUAUUGAUUUUUAAUAUUUAUCGAUUUACUAUUCAUAAAUAUCUUUCAGCCAGAAAUUCGUCCAAUCAUGCAAAUCGCUUUAACCUACGAUCAUAGACUUAUUGAUGGAAGAGAGGCUGUAACAUUCUUGAAGAAAAUCAAGGAUGCAGUUGAAGAUCCACGAACAAUUUUGAUGAACCUUUAA